UGUGAAAGUUCUUUGGGGCGUGUUUGGUUGGGGUUUUCCAUUUUGCGGAAUAGCACCACCCUCUCCCAACCGCAGGCUCCGGCACCACCAACACCCACUUUCUUAUUCCGACGCCUCUUAAACCAUUUUCAGAUUUUUCACACAUCGUUUUUCCUCUCUCCUUUUAUUUUUCCAAUCAUCUCUUCUCUCUCCUAAAUUUUGAGAAAGAGAGGGAAAUUUCGAUUUUUUUGAUAUGGGUAAUUUGAAAAUCCAAGUAUAGCAUAGAGAGGCUUCCUCAACAACUUCUGAAUUCCUCAUGGAAAAGCGCGUUUAUCAAGGUUGGAAGGGCAGCAAUAUAUUUCUUUUCAGUGGACGAGUAGUAUUGGGGCCAGAUGCUAAAUCACUGCUUGCCACCAUACUGUUGAUUGCUGUUCCAACUGUUUUUUUUUGUAUAUUUGUAGCAUGGAACCUCCGUCACCAAUUUGCUUCAUAUAAUGCUGGAUAUGCAAUCAUGGUGGUAGCCAUUAUUUUUACAAUAUGGGUAUUGGUUCUCUUAUUGCGCACUUCUAUGAGGGAUCCAGGGAUUGUACCCCGUAAUUCACAUCCACCCGAAGAAGAGUUCCGUUAUGACUCUUCUGUUGUUGAGACUGGUGGUAGACAAACACCAGGCCUUCAAUUUCCUCGCACGAAAGAAGUUAUGGUUAAUGGAAUUCCAGUGAGGGUAAAGUAUUGCGACACAUGUAUGCUAUAUCGCCCACCACGUUGCUCUCAUUGCUCAAUAUGCAACAACUGUGUGGAGCGUUUUGACCACCAUUGCCCUUGGGUUGGACAGUGUAUUGGACUGCGUAACUACCGUUUUUUCUUUCUUUUCGUGUCUUCAGCUACUCUCUUGUGCAUUUAUGUGCUUGUCAUUUCAGCUUUCUAUAUGAAGGUUCUGAUGAAUGACAACCAUUAUACUGUUUUGAGAGCAAUGAGGCAUUCGCCGGUAUCAGUAAUACUCAUGGCUUAUUGUUUCAUAUCUUUAUGGUUUGUUGGUGGACUCACUGGCUUCCAUUUGUACCUUAUCAGCACAAACCAGACGACAUAUGAGAAUUUCCGCUACAGAACUGACAGCAGGCUUAAUGUCUACAAUCGAGGGUGUUUCAAUAAUUUUGCUGAAGUGUUAUGCUCAAAGAUCAAGCCAUCAAGAAACAAGUUUCGGGCUUUUGUUGAGGAAGAGGUCCAACGUCCGCCACCUCCACGUACUACCCCAGAAAAUGAAACUGUGGAUGAUACAGGUGACCGGCGCACCAAGGUAGAAGAUGACUUAGAAUUUGGGGGAGAUCUGCUAAAAAUUUCACAGCGCCGUAGUAUUGAAGAUAUAGAGGAUACUAUACGCAGUGGAAGAAGCAAUGUACUUCAUAAUGGUUCAGAGGGUGACUCUUAUGUGGGUUCGGUUCGUUCGGAGUAUCAUACUGCUCCAAUCCGCGCAGAUCUGCGGCACCCUAGUAGGGGUAGAAGUGAUAGCUGGGAAAUUGCAUCUGAUGUCUCAGCAAGACAUGGGCAUGAAGGAUGAAGCUAUUGCUGCUUCUAAUAUGAAGUCAUGCAUGAUUGGUGGAAGUUGGAUAUACUUUUGUACAUUUUGAUAUCUGGGAUUUAAAAUCUGACCCCCAUUUCGGUUGGUAGUUGGUACUCUCUUGCAGCACACUGCACACGCAUGCGGCCCUGGCCCCUGAAUCUUCAUUUAGGAAUUUCAUCCUCCAAGUUGUAUCUUCUUGCUUCGUAUUAUUGACAUUUAUCUGAAACAGUGGUGAAUAGAAACGUAUGUGAGAUCUAGAAAGAUUUAGUUUUGACAUGAUCUGCUGUCUUAAUUGGAAUUGUAUCAGCGUUGCUGGUAGUUCUUUUUGUAAAUACGAAUUUGUAGGAUGAAAUAUUGUAAGUGGUAUGGGAUCUUUAUGCAUUUUACUUUCUGUCA